CAUGUCCAGGGUGUACCCUGCCUUCACCCCUAUGUAGCUGGGAUAGGCUCCAAACGACCCCCACGUGACCCUAGUGAGGAUAAAGCGGGUUCAGAAAAUGAAUGAAUGAAUGAAUCUAGUUGUGAUGUAAUUCUAUUAUAUCGUCUACAUUUUUAAAAAAAAUUAAAUUACAUGUCACAAAAUACAGAUAAUAGAUGCAUUUUGUCAUAUGUAAAUAUUCUAAUUGAUGUUAGAAAAUCAAGACAUGUUGUUGCCUUAUUACUACUUGUGGUUUUAUAUUGAUCCUUAAAAAAACAAACAGUAAAACAAAAUUGCAAUUACUAAUCACUCUACAGGAACAUUUUAGUAAAAUUUUGCAUUUAUAGGAAGUAAUAUUUUGCAGUUGCACACCAUCUGGUGUGGUUAAAGUGACAUCAUGAUGCACGUAUUGUUCCUUAAGUGCAGUCACCUGUGAGAAGUAAAGCAACAAGAUUUAGUUCUAAAAAUAAACCCCUCCUGCUCGCUGAAAUCGUGAAAAGCAGCUUCAGUGGAAAAGGCAAAUGCUUCCUAAACCCCUGUUUUGGAAAACUAUAAAGUAUCAUUGAAGAGAAUUAGAGCAAUCAUGUUAGAUGUCAUGAUCAUAUAUUGAUGCCUAAAUUGAAUUCAGUGUAAGACAUUUCCUGUUUAAUCAGCAAAGUCUAAUUCCUAUAUAACCACUGCAGAUUCGGGCAGGUUCCUUUGAGAAUAUCCUGAAGUGAGCUGUUUUUUCUCACCUCUAACACAUUGAGCCAUUUACACUGGACAAGCUGAUGUAAAUUGAUUUUCAGCAGGACAUCAAUCACUAAACAAUGACUGCGUGAUUGCCAUAUCCUUGUCUCGCUGAGUUGCUUUUUCCUUCUACAUUUAUCUCCAGCUUGUCAGUGCUAGGACUUCAUCAGCCAGUAGAGGGAGCUGGUCCCAUAUAGAAUUAAGUCACAGUGUUGAGGAAGAAAAAUCAUCACCAGGGCUAGAUAGAUAUGACCCAUUUGAUGCACCUCCACAAUUUGUCCUGAACUUUGCAUCAGUUACCUGUCCUCUGCCACCCUGGACAUCAGUAUUUAUUUGCUUUGAAGCUUAUGAAAACAGGUCCCCACUGAGAAGCCAGUAUCUCAUUGGCUGGAAUACCACAGGAGUGGAUGGGAGCAGGAGCAAGAGAGAGAGAGAGAGAGUGUAGUGAGGAGGGGAGCGAACCACGGUGAGAAAGCUCAAGAAGAUACAACUACUCUGCCACAGCAUCCUGACAGAGCUCUGAGCUGAGGGAUGCAAGAGCUGUAGGUACAUGCACUGUCCUGUUUGCCUCGCUGAUUCCUUGUCUUCUUUUAAAUGGGAAGCAUAGUGGACUUCAAUGAUAACUUGGUUCAGUUUGAUGCUGGAAUGAGCUCUGUGUCUGAAAGGAGCAGGCGAGCAAUAGCUGGGCUGACAGAUCUGAAGAUCUCUGGAUCUCAGCGUCACCUGGACUUGAUCCGUCCUUGUUGACUGAACAACUGUUGGUGACUGCUACUCUCCAUUUCUUCUACCGUUUUGUGUAGUCGACCCACACACCCGAACCUCUGCGGUGUUGGAGGGAGCUAUUUUAGUCUUCCCAGGCUACACCUUUGUCUUAGGGAGAGGCAUUGCAUGGAGAAGGCAGGUCACUUUUAAAUGUGUGUCCCAGUGGCCACCGGUGGACUGUCCUCAAAGUAUCCUGUACCUGUGAAGCCACCUGCUGUGUCACUGUCAUGGUGUGACCCCCAGCCUGCUGUUGGCUGCCCGACUUCUGGGUCAAGAUGCCAGUGAUGAAGGGCCUCCUGGCCCCUCAGAACACUUUUCUAGAUACCAUCGCUACACGCUUCGAUGGCACCCACAGUAACUUUCUGCUGGGUAAUGCCCAGGGCCACCGUGGCUAUCCCAUCGUCUACUGCUCAGACGGCUUUUGUGAACUGACGGGCUUCACACGGACUGAGGUGAUGCAGAAGAACUGCAGCUGCCGCUUCUUGUAUGGGGCUGACACCAGCGAACACGUGGCCCAACAGAUGGAGAAGGCUCUGGAGGGCCGAGAGGAGUACCAGGCUGAGGUCCACUUCUACAAGAAGAACGGGACGGCCUUCUGGUGUCUGUUAGAUAUCGUGCCCAUAAAGAAUGAAAAGGGUGAAAUGGUCCUCUUCCUCUUCUCAUUCAAGGACAUCACGGACACACAUGGAAAGGGCCACCACAGCAGCAAGAGGGAAGUUUCAGAGGACAAGAGACGCAGGAGGAAGAGCAGCUCUCACUUCAGCGAGGCCAGGAAGCGUGGGCAGACCAUGUUGUACCAACUGACCAGUCAGUUCUCCAGAGGGGGCAAAGGAGAGGUCAACCUGGGUGGAACCAUGAUUGACAAACCGUCAAUACCAGAGUACAAGGUGGCGGCGGUGCAGAAGUCUCGCUUCAUUCUUCUCCAUUACAGUGUGUCCAAAGCCCUGUGGGAUUGGCUCAUUCUGCUGGCCACCUUCUACGUAGCUGUCACCGUGCCCUACAACGUCAGCUUCACGCCGUAUGAGGACACUGAAACAGCUGAACGCUCCACCCUUGUAACUGAUAUCGCUGUGGAAAUGCUUUUCAUUAUAGACAUUAUCCUUAACUUCCGUACCACCUAUGUGAGCAAGUCAGGCCAGGUGGUGUAUGAAGCACGCUCUAUUUGCAUCCAUUACGUUACCACCUGGUUCUUUGUCGACCUGGUGGCUGCCCUGCCCAUUGACCUGUUAUAUGCCUUCAAUAUUACAGUGACCUCCUUAGUCCAUCUGCUCAAAACUGUACGCUUGCUGCGCCUUCUUCGUCUGCUCCAGAGAUUGGACCGCUAUUCACAAUACAGUGCCAUGGUGCUGACCUUACUCAUGUCUGUGUUUGCCCUGCUGGCGCACUGGAUGGCCUGCAUCUGGUACAUCAUUGGACGCAAAGAGAUUGAGACUGAUGCCUGGGCCAUAGGAUGGCUCCAUGAGUUGGGCAAACGUCAGGAGACACCUUACAUGAACAGCACAGUGGGCGGCCCAUCAGUGCGCAGCUCCUACAUCGCUGCCCUCUACUUUACCCUCAGCAGCCUGACCAGUGUGGGCUUUGGCAAUGUCUGUGCCAACUCCGAUGCUGAGAAGAUCUUCUCCAUCUGCAUCAUGCUCGUUGGCGCGUUAAUGCACGCCCUGGUCUUUGGUAACGUGACGGCCAUCAUCCAGCGGAUGUACUCACGGCGUUCUCUUUAUCACACGCGCAUGAAGGACCUAAAAGAUUUCAUCCGUGUCCACCAUCUGCCCCAGCAGCUCAAACAACGCAUGCUUGAGUACUUCCAGACCACGUGGUCUGUCAACAACGGUAUAGAUGCCAAUGAGCUCCUCCAUGACUUCCCUGAUGAGCUGCGGGCUGACAUCACCAUGCAUCUGAAUAAGGACAUACUGGAGCUGCCGGUCUUCAAGGGGGCCAGUCGUGGCUGUCUGCGCUCCCUCUCCCUUCAUAUAAAAACCUCUUUCUGCGUCCCUGGGGAGUACCUGAUUCGCCAGGGUGAUGCACUACACGCCAACUACUUUGUCUGCUCGGGUUCAUUGGAGGUGCUCAAAGACAGCAUGGUUUUGGCCAUAUUAGGAAAAGGUGACCUGAUUGGGUCUGACCUGCCGGGAACUGACCAGGUGAUCAAAACCAAUGCUGAUGUGAAGGCUCUUACCUACUGUGACCUCCAGUAUAUCAGUGCACGAGGCCUGAGAGAGGUGCUGGAACUCUACCCCGAGUACGCCAGUGUGUUUGCAACAGACAUCCAUAAUAACCUCACCUACAACCUGCGUGAGGGCAGCCAAGAUGAGGGCCACAGCAGGUUUUCAAGGUCACCCAGGCUUUCCCAUGAACCUAAACUACCUUCCAUUGUGGAAACCCAAAGUGAUGACCCAGAUGACUCCUUCCAUCUGUCUCCAGCUACACGUUCACGCCGCAACCUCCUGUUGCCCAACUUCAGCAGCCCGGUCCGUCGUACCUCUCUGGGGAACCUCUUGGGAGAUGAGUUGCGUCAGUUCAAUGCCUUGCGACGCUGCCGCUCCCCCAACCUCAGCCGUAGCUGCCAUGGUCAGAACGCAUCCCCGCAGCCACCGCCAAAAAGAGAGCACAGCACCCCUACGACUUCCUCGGCCCCACCCUCGACUUCAACCCAGGCAGAGUCAGGGGCUGAGCAAAAGCCGACAAAGCUGCUUAUCCCGACUGUCACCUGUUUUGGACCCCCAGACCUUAGUCCCAGGGUUGUAGAUGGCAUCGAAGACAAUGGACACACAUUCCAUUUCAACGUAGAGCACAGCGGGCCUAAAGCCAGUACAGGAGGCAGUGCCCAAGACUCCAAUCAAGCUAAUGCCACCCUGCUGCUGGAGACAGAGGAGGUCAGGCAGAGCAUCAGUCAAAUCAACCAAAAGAUGGGUACAUUAAACCAGGAGGUUUCUGAGCUUGCCAAGGGUCUGCACCACAUGAUGCAUCUCCUCCAGGCCCAUGUUUCUCUGCAGCACUACCAAGCAUCUCACUCUUCCUACCCUUACGGAGUCCAGAUGUUGUCCAACCCCGCCUCUGCCUCCAACAGCGACAUACUUUCCAGCUUGCAGCUCCACACUGAUCCCGGUAGCCAUGAAGGCCACAGCCACAGAGGUGUUCGCUGGAGCUACUGUGGAGCCACUGAAACCCAAACAGAGUACCGCAACCGGCCCCAGUCCUCCAGUCCACCAGCUGCUCUCUCCUGCCCCCCCAUCUCCACAAACUCUGAACCCGGCCGAGGUCCACGUCACAGCUCUGACGCCGUGACACCGUGGACUCUUCUUAACAUCGGCCCGGGCUUUCAGAGUGGACGUGCAGGCCUCGCACCACACGAGGACGCUGAUAACAGGCCUCUCAGCGCUAGUCCGACAACUAUCAGCCAGUCCCAGCCCGCUUUGUGCCUGCAACCUCCCAGUGAUAGUGAUGAAUUUUCUUGCCUUUUGUCUAGUGCCCCUGUAGGUGCGUCGACACACAGCCUACUGGUCCCAACACCCAGCUCUUACCCCCAUCUCUGCCUGCCCUCUGAGGCCCACACCGACUUAUUACAAACCUCAAACGAAGACAUCCAAGCUCUGAUGUCCUCUUCAGCAUCUCAUAAUCUCAAUCCAGACACCUCCAUCUUUCACAUUGACUCACAUGUCUCCAUCCACCCUGCUGCUGCUUCUCCUCCCACAUUGUCCAGCCACCCAGCUCUCUCCUCCCUGGAUUCAGCGUCACUGGGAUCAGAUGCUCAGGAGCCCCAUCUCCCACUGGGCGACCCAUCUGCCAUAGAACACACAAGUCUGGAGUGCCUACUGGGGAACGGAGGCUCCAUGGAGAGCAGGGACAGUGAAAGUGCAUCAUCGCGCCAGUCCAGCAUUGGCGUCCAGACUCAAAGUACAGAGCAGUCAUGGUGUUUGGACCUCACAGACUGAACUCAACACGUUAGGGGCACACUCCUCACUGCAAGUGGAUAUGAACCACUGACUGAGGACCUCCAGUUAUCCACAUACAACUUCUUACAGUGUUUUAAAGACCCUGCUGGAGAUUGUCAAUGUGUGCUGUAUUUUCCUCUCUUAAUUCCUGGGCUAUUAUAUUUGUCAAACUCCAUGCAAUUUCUGCCAUUUCUAUGCAAAAGCAUGUCAAUUGUUCAUUUUUUUGGCUUUACUCUGAAGUGUGUCUUUAAAAAAAAAAAAAAGUCUCAUUGGGUUCUAGUGUAUAUUGUAUAUUAUUUUUCCUACAUCUUCUGAGAAAUUUGCAGUUGAUAUUACCUGUUACCUCCUUGCAUGGUAAAGUUGUUUAUUCUUUUUCCUAAGGAAAAGGUUUCCAAAUCAAUGUGUAAGCAUUCUACAUGACAACCUGUUGAUUGUGUGCACAUAUGGCAGGUCAAAACAGGUAGACAAAUGAAACAGCACAGUUCAUAUAGGGAUUAGAGUAUGUGCAUCACACUGCAUAGAUUGUUUUCAAAGAAUGUUUUUCUCAGUUCAGCAUUUUUUUUUUCAAUUUUGAUAGUUAUCAGGCUAUAAAAAAAAUAAAUCUACCAAAUGGUAUACACUAUAUUACAUUUGAUUUCACAUACAGUUAACACAUUCUGUCUGUGUUCACUAUAGGGGAUUCAACUGAACGUCCUAUUUUGUCUUUACAAUGGCAUUAAAUACAGUAUAUGGCUGUGAAAUAGGUUCAGUUGCUCUCUGGAAUAAACUUGAAAAGCUUUAAAAAUGAUUCUUUAGGGAUCUACCAUUCACUAAACACAACUUAGCUGCUAAUAAAUCAAACAAAUAAAUAUACGCACAUAUCUAGCUGCAAAGUGAAGUGGGUCUUAAAAAUAUAAUUUACAAAUUAUGAACAUCUCCUGGUGGGAAAAAAUUGAUUCUUGAUAUUCGUACAACAUUCGGAGUAUUCAGAAAUGUUAUUCUUUUGGAGUCGUUUCUCCUUGACUGACAAAUAAAGCAGAAUGCAGGAUUUUCUUACUGUG